AUGAAGACGUUUCAGUAUCGGGCAUCAUUCGACGAGCCACAACAAGUCCUGCUCGAGAGAGCACGCCCUUGCAAAGCUCAUCCGCCCCAGAACGGUACGACUAACGGAAGAGGCACGCGUUCGAUCCCAACACAAUCGCCAAAACCUGCUCUCGGAUCUUCUCUUGAAGAAGCGCCCCAACCGCCAACUCCUCUUUCGUGGACCAUGUCCUCGCGCCUUGGGCAGUCCAAUGAGGGUCAAUCAACCUCACAAUCAUUGACUCAUACUCCCGCAAUCUCUACGAGCCCAAAGUUUGGAUCUAUACCGUCUUUAGGCAAUACUCGCGAAAUACCUCCUUCGAAGCAUGAAAAGAUUGGUCAAGCUCUACCAACUCCAGGAUCUGCGAAAGUGAACGGUCAUACAGUACCGUUGCUUUCGCUUUGGCCACAACGCAAGACUGAGAGUAAUCAAAUGAGCCGCUCAGUGUCAGCACCAAUGAUGAGUAGGCCGAUUGACAGUGCGACGGUACGGACCACCCUAAAAGCAAAUCAAACGUCUAUCAGCGCAUGCGAAAAGGCUACCGUUACGCUGUCUUCUAUGUUCGUCAGACUGUCCCGAACUUCGAGCGAAAGCGAUAGACUCAAAGAAUCGCAAGCUGCACCAAAGCGAUCUGAGGAUCGAAAACGAAAACGAGAACGAGAGGAAGAUGGAUCUCGACGUGCCUCUUGA